CCACCCAGUACAACCACUCACUACAACCACUCACUACAACCACUCACUCACUACAACCACUCACUCAGUACAACCACUCACUCAGUACAACCACUCACUCACUACAACCACUCACUCAGUACAACCACCACUCACUACAACCACUCACUCACUACAACCACUCACUCACUACAACCACUCGCUCAGUACAACCACUCAGUACAACCACUCACUCACUACAACCACUCACUCACUCCAGUACGGUCCGAGUAUCCGUUCAUCCUGAGGGCUUGGUAUAUUCCUUCUUAGCUGCGGGAGGGGAGGUUUUGCUCGGUCGAGGGGGCCCUUUGGUGCAAGUGGAGGAGCUUUGGAUGAAAGGGGAGGAGCUUCAGAUGAGAGGGGAGGAGCUUUGGACAAGAAGGGAGGAGCUUCGGGCCGACGGAGAGAACGUCAGCUCUGGUGGAGGAGAGGUCCUCAUGGUUGACAUUAAAGCAGAGGACCUCCCUGUUGAAGGGGAGGACCCCCACAUCAAAUUGGAGGACACCUGGGGUGGCGGAGGAGGAGGAGGUGAGCCGCAGAAUGGCAAUGGUGACCUUCAGGCGAAAGCGGACGACCUUUGCGCUCGCCGGGACGGCGACGCGUGGCCGAGCGGUGACCUCGGCGUCAAGCAGGAGGACGUCCGGGCCGACGGGGAUGCCCUUGGUAGGAAAGUUUCGGAGCUCACGGUGGAAACGAGGCGACCGCCGGAGCAGCUUCGCAUCAAAAAGGAGGAGGAGGAGGGCCUCCUCGAGGCUGACGCAGUGAACACCGUGGUCGGCGGCGAGAAGCCGCCCAUUAAACAGGAGGUCUUCGUGAGCGGUGGAAACGAGCCGCGCGUUAAGCAGGAGGAUCUCCACUUUGACAUCCGUAUCGACGGACGCAGCCCUCGGACGACGGGGCAGGCUCCGAGCAUUAAGGUGGAAGAAAUUUGUACAGAGGGGGAGCAGCGUCUCGACGGCAGCGUGCUGGACCUCCCCCGGGUUAAAGAGGAGGGCGUCCAAAUAAAAAAAGAGGACCUUCGAGACGACGGAGGAGAGGACCUGCGGGCCGGAGGUUCAGUUGCAAAGCGGGCGUUCCCAGAUGUGGUGGAGGUGGAGGUGAUGAUGGAGCACGUGGAUGAGAUGAUGGAGCACGUGGAUGAAGAGUCGAACGGAGCGGGCGAGACGGCCGAACGGGGAAGGCACCGCUGCUCCGUGUGCGCCAGGGAGUUCAGCCGGGAGCGUGGGCUCCAGGUCCACACGUGGCAACACUCGAGCCACCGCCGCCACCGUAAGAAGGCCCUGCAGUGCGACCUCUGUGCGUACAGCACGAGGCUCAAGAGCGACCUGGAGAGGCACCUACGGACCCACCAUGACGACGAUGAGGAUGAGGAGGAGAGUUCGGCAAACUGGGAGCCGUCGGCGCUAUCGGCCGUCUUGAGACGCACGGCACCAAGUGGACCCGUCCCUCGUAACCGCCGUGCGACACGUGCUGCAGCGGAGAGUGGGCCCGUCUCUAAUAACCGCCGUACGACACGUGCUGCAGUGGAGAGGGGGCCCGUCCCUAAUAACUGCUGUGCGACACGUGCUGCAGCGGAGAGGGGGCCCGUCCCUAAUAACCGCCGUGCGACACGUGCUGCAGCGGAGAGGGGGCCUGUCUCUACUGACCGCCAGAGGAAAGCCACAGCAGCAGAAGGUGAGUCCGUCUCGAAUAACCGCCAGACGAGACACGCACCGAAGAGGACGACGGAGGCGCAUGAAGGGACGGAUAACGGAGGAGGCCCUGCGGAGGCGCCCCCCCGGGCGAGGCUCCACGAUUGCCCCACGUGCGGCAAGGCGUUCUCGCGCGCCGCCCACCUGCGGCGCCACUCGCGCGUCCACGCGACCUCGCGCCCGCACGGCUGCCCCGUGUGCGGCAAGGCAUUCGCCCACGCCGACGACCUGUCGGCGCACACCCGGGUCCAUGCGGCCGACCCCGGCGGGCACCCCUACCGGUGCGCCCACUGCGGCGCCUGCUUUCGCCGGCCCUCGCACCUCCUCGCGCACGAGCGGACGCACACGGGUGAGCGGCCAUUCGUGUGCGCUCACUGCGGGAGGGCGUUCGCCCACGCGGCCAACCUCCGGCAGCAUGAGCGGGCGCACGCAGGCGAGCGACGGCACGCAAGUGAGCGAUCGCACCGCUGUGACACGUGCGGGUCGCUGUUCUCGUGCAAGAGCCACCUGCGGCGGCACCGCGAACGGAAGCACACGCGCGGCAGGGAACGCCACGCGUGCGCGCUCUGUCCCGUUGCGUUCUACUCGGAGGCGGCGCUGGCCAGACACGAGGAGCGCCACCUGCGCAAGGGGGCGGCUGGAGGAGCAAGGGGGGAGAGGGGUUACUGCGAAGCCGUCGGAGCGUCGGAGCGGCCGCGGAGACGGAGGAGCGGCCGCGGAGAAGCCGGCAACGACGACGCGGAAACGGGAGUAGCGCCCGAGACGCUCGCUGUGCCUGGGAAGCGACCGCUCCCUCCCCUCGCCCACCCCACUGACGGAGACGAGAAGCUGGCGUGAAAUGACCGGACCGGUAGCGCCGACUAUCCUCAACCUUCGUGUGCAUCCCGUUCCGUUGUAAUGCAUAAUGUACUGUAUGUGUGUUAAAUGUCUCUUUUGCACCGCCGUACAUAGCUGACCAUAGCUGAUUGUAGGUGCGGGGAGAAGAACAACAAAUCAAACACAACAACAACAACAACAAGCAGUUCUCAAGAAACAAGUUUGUCAAUCUCGAUUAUGACUUAACACAUUCCUGCGGAGGGAGCUGGUAGGAACGUUGGGUUGCUCGGUCAAUGGCCAGGGUCAACGGCGGCGUGGUGUAUUCCGCAAAUAUGCCCGACUGUGAGGGCGGGCACAAGCCGGCAUGAGUAGGUAAAACGUUGAGUUUUAUAAGGGGACCACGGGGUGACCAGCCCCUCCCCACCCAGCCCCACCCCUCCCACCCCCUACACAGCCCCACCCUCCCCACCCAGCCCCUCCCCACCCAGCCCCUCCCCACCUUCCCCACCCAGCCCCUCCCCACCUUCCCCACCCAGCCCCUCCCCACCCAGCCCCUCCCACCUGUUGUAUAUAUGAGCCUUUUUCCAAAAUUCAUGUUAAGAAUAAUUCGGCCAAUAUAUAUAUUUUUUAAUCAACCGCGGGGUAGCACGAGGCAAAGACAAAAUUGUAACAACCACCAUCACCACAGCUGCCUUUCGGAACAAAGAGCCUCCCAACCGCCUUUGUCUCCCAGCAACAUGUGGUGGCAAUAAAACUUCCAAAGACGAAUGUGACGCCCUCCCCUCCCACGACGGAAGGAGCCAGUCAUAAAAUCAGAACAACACACACGUCCCGCCCCCCCCCCCCCGACGAAGGAUAACGAAACAGACGUUUUUUUUGGUGAACUUUUUUCAUGUUUCUUCUAACAACGGUAAAAGUUCAAAACUUGGCGACAAAGAUUAAGUGAACAUUAUCGAUCCUCACACUCCAAUUAAGAACCAGGCUACAAUCUACAUCAGUGGAUUAUUAUUUCCCAUUCAUUAUUUUAAUACUAAUGGCAUUUAUUUUUAUCUUUAUCUACGCGACCUGACCAAAACUAACUCGAGAACAAACAGCAACCCAGAAUGCAGGCUGUGGAACGAAGGUUAGUAAAACCCUAUGAAUAUACGUGGUAAUAACAAUGCUAAAUCACAAAUCUUGAAUAAACACAAACCAAAUAAUAAUUAUGAAGUAUUAGACCAAGGGUCGUCCAGGAGAAUGAAAGGCGAAUUAAGUCCAUCAGACCUAACCAAGAUGUAAUAUACUCCAUAGGAAAAGAGCCUCCCAACCGCCUUUGUCUUCCCACAGCACGUGAUAGCAAGAUUUGCACACAGGCAAAAAACAUCUCCCCAUAAAAGAGAGGGGGAAGGGGGCUGAAAGGACGCACGUGGGGGCAAUCUGGGACAGCUGCUUCCAUUGAUGAACUUAUAUUACCAAUAAAAUCAGAACACACACACGGACACACCGGCAGCUGUUUCCACAGGGGGGGGAGCUAACACAAAGAAUGGUUCCGGUCCUUUGUAAGAAGGCGUGCCAAGGGGAGAGAUUUUUUUCAGAUAUAAUCAGAGACUCGGCCCAUACAUUUCAGAAGCUUGCCAGCAGAAGGGGAAUCCAGCAGAAGAAGAAGACUGCAAUCAACCAGGAUGGUGAGGCUCGCUGAGUAGCAAUGUGUUACCCAGUGCGAGUUCAGCACCAACAGAAGUAGUAUCGCUCGAAAGUCAUUCUGCUCUGGGUACCGACUCCCACGUGCCACUGCAGUUCGAGUUGAGCUGACGAGAAUUCCAGCAUCGUCCUCGAGAAGAGGCGGAAAGCGCCAAACAUCGACCAAGCCAGCAUCACAGCACCAGCCGCGCUAUCGAGCAAGAGUGUCCGCGCCAGCGAGAGCGCCGUGUGUUCGAACACACAUACCGACCUGCACCAGCUGGGAACCAGGACAUCCAGCAGCGGACGAGCUGUGCGCGCUGUCUGACGACGGAAUCAUUGCGCACCGCCAACGGCGAGCGUCGCGUCGACUCGUCAUUUAACAACAAACCCGCCCGGGCGACAGAGCGAGAGAGAGAAGCCGCUGUUCGUAUGCCCCUCCCCUACCCUCACAAGCUCACGACGCAGCGCCCGGCGUCUGCUUAAUACAAAGCAUUUAUCAAGGAGACAAUACACACAUGAACCAUUAGCUGAUCGUGAAGACAUUGGUGCUCAUUGAGUGAUAAAAAAAAUACGGUCGUUUAGAAGUACAUCAGUCGUUAUAUAUACUUUUUAUUUUAUUUUUUAAUCGCUUAAAAUUACCAAUAGAUUAAUCGAUGCAAACUAAACUUUUGAAACCUUCGUUACGAAUCUACACUCUCAAAGGGAGAAUAUUGUGUUAAACCUUUCUUUUGAACACCGAAUCUUGCCCAAGAAUUAAUUGAGGCUUAGCCAAAAAUUAAGUAUCUGCGUCAGCAGACACACACCACCGCACCCCAUUGUCCCAAGACAUUUCGUUAAUUAUAUAAUCUUGCCGAUGAAUCUAUUGACGUAUACCUUUGCCUUCGGCAUAUCAUAAUUUGCUUGUAUUGCCUUUCGUAUGAAUAUCGUCGCAUGCAUGUUUUAAGGACUUUCCCUAUCGCCGUAUAUGCUCGCGUUACUCGGAGGAAUUAAUCAACUGUUCGGUUGCCCAGUGAAACAACGCAAUCAUUGAUGGUUAAAUGUACUGCUCACCGAGGGAAAAUUCCCCGAUGAUACUGUGGAUAAUUCCAAGCAUGAGAGUUCGCAUAUUAGAGUGUUAUGUUUUUGUUUAAAAUUAAAAUUGUUUAACACAGAA